AUGAAAAAACACGACGAGCUUUCUGACCUCAAGGUCCUCUGCUCGGCGGCAAAAUCGAUAGUGCUGGCCGCGCAAAAGAACUAUUUGGCCCACGAUCGAAUGAUCAAAGUGCGGCAGAGUCUGCGUGAGGCCAUCGCCGAGAAUAAGGCCCAAAAGGCCGAGAUAGCAAAACUCAAGGCCGCGCAAGGAGCAGUCGCGGCAGAGAGAGACAUCCUGAGCCAAAAGGUCGACCGAGCUAACGAGGAUAAACAACGAGCCGUGCAGUCGACGAAGGCUCGGUACCUUGCCGAGCUGAGAAAACUGUGUGAUGCCAACAAGGUAGCCAUGGACAAGGCGAUCGAAGAUACCGAGGACCGGGGAUACGCUCAGGGUGAAAAGACUUACGAGCGCCAGGCAUACGCCAGUGCUACCCAGAACUGGCUUAUCGCUGAGGCAAGGAAAGAGGCCGAGGAAGAAGCCGCCGCCGCACAACAAGCCGAGCAAACCACUACCGAAGCAUCCCAAGAUGCGGAAGAUGAAGUGGCUGAUCGAGAGGUUGCUGUGGAGGAUGGAGCAGACGAUGACGCCGAGGAAAACCUGCCCGAGCAGACAACUGAGAUCGCCGAGCAGACAGUGGAGGCAGCUGAGCAAACCGUGGACCUUGAACUGGACUAA